AUGAGUGAUCAAACCUCUUCUUCAGGUCCUGUGACCAUUGUGGUCGAGCAUCUAGACCCCGAAUUGGGCGCUUGGUCCGCUCUGGAGUAUGGCUGCAUUGCCCGUGAAGCCCAUGCCUCGGGGAGCAGAUUUCUGCUCAGUUCCGUGCCCACCUCCCUGCAGAUGCCGGAGGAUCUGGCAGCCACUCCCGGCCUGAAUGUCGAGCAUCGCAGUGUCGAGGAGAUUUUCGCGGAUCGCAAGUCCCGCGUCUGUCUGCUGGAUCCUUCUGCAGAGGUCGAAUUGAGUCCCGCUGACGCAGAGACCUUCGAUGUCUUCCUCUUCGGCGGUAUUCUGGACCGCACUUCGGAAUUGAGAAAGAAAGGCUACGCUGGUCGACGACUGGGCCCUGUGCAAAUGACCACCGAUACGGCCGUGCGUGUCACUCGCCUCGUGGUCCACGAUAAGAUUCCCUUGGAGGAGAUCAAAUAUGUUGAUCACCCCGAGAUUCACAUUAACGAACACGAACGGACUGAGAUGCCCUUCCGCUAUGUGACUGGAGAGGAUGGCCAGCCCAUCAUGCCUCCUGGUAUGGUGGACCUGAUUAAGAAGGAUGCCGACCAGGUCUCACUGUCGACAUGGGCUUUGUCGACCCUUCUUUUCCUCAGUCCUGCCGUCGUCUCGGCCAAAUCGGCGGCCGACUACUACAUUCAUUCCCUCCCGGGCGCACCUGAUGGUCCGCUGUUGAAGAUGCACGCUGGACACAUCGAAGUUGACCCUAAAAGCAAUGGACAUCUGUUCUUCUGGCACUACCAGAAUCGUCAUAUCGCCAAUCGCCAACGCACCGUCUUGUGGCUGAACGGCGGACCCGGAUGCUCGUCGAUGGACGGAGCGUUGAUGGAGGUUGGACCGUACCGACUGAAAGACAACCAUACCCUUGAGUACAAUGAAGGGUCGUGGGACGAGUUUGCCAAUCUACUCUUUGUCGACAACCCAGUUGGCACGGGUUUCAGCUACGUCAACACUGACAGCUAUAUACACGAACUCGAUACGAUGGCGACGCAGUUCAUAGUCUUCUUGGAGGAGUGGUUCAAACUGUUCCCGGAGUACGAGAGUGACGACAUUUACCUUGCAGGCGAGUCCUACGCCGGACAGCACAUCCCCUAUAUUGCAAAAGCUAUGCAAGAACGGAACAAGAAGAUCGCCAAUACCAACACCGCGCAGUGGCAACUGAGAGGUCUUCUUAUUGGCAACGGCUGGAUCGCUCCUGAGGAACAAUACAUGUCCUACCUACCAUUUGCGUACGAAGAAGGCCUCAUCAAAGAAGGCAGCUCGGGUGCGAAGGACUUGGAGGUGUUGCAGUCCGUCUGCCAGUCACGAUUGGAAGCGGGCAAGAACCGGAUCCACAUCGACGACUGCGAGAAGAUAAUGAAUGGUAUUCUGGACAAGACGAUCGUCAAUAACCAGUGCUACAACAUGUAUGACAUCCGCCUACGGGACAGUCUAGAUGCCUGCGGAAUGAACUGGCCGACAGAUUUGGUGGAUGUGAAGCCUUAUCUGCAGCGGGAGGAUGUAGUGGCGGCUCUCCACAUUGACCCAGCCAAGAAGUCCGGCUGGACCGAGUGUUCCGGCGCGGUCAGCAGCAAUUUCCUUGCCCAGAACUCCGUGCCAUCCGUCCGACUUCUUCCGGAGCUCUUGGAGUCCGGCAUUGAGGUUCUGCUAUUUAGCGGUGAUAAGGACUUGAUCUGCAAUCAUGUCGGCACCGAACAAAUGAUCAACAACCUGAAAUGGGGCGGCGGCACUGGGUUCGAGACCUCGCCAGGAGUGUGGGCUCCCCGGCACGACUGGACGUUCGAGGGCGAGCCGACUGGCAUCUAUCAAUAUGCGCGAAAUUUGACUUAUGUGCUGAUCUACAACUCCAGCCACAUGGUGCCCUACGACCUUCCUCGCCAGACCCGGGACAUGCUGGACCGCUUCAUGAAGGUGGACAUUGCCAGCAUCGGAGGCAACCCCACGGACUCGCGCAUCGACGGCGAGAAGCUGCCGCAGACCUCGGUAGGCGGCCAUCCCAACAGCACCGCGGCCGAGGAGCAGGAGAAGCAGCGACUUAAGGAGACCGAAUGGAAGGCGUACGCCAAGUCCGGUGAGGCCGUCCUGGUGGUGGUGAUUAUUGGAGUGAUCGUGUGGGGCUUCUUCAUCUGGCGCAGCCGACAGCGGCACCAUGGCUAUCGGGGCAUCAUGCAGAAGAGCAUGGGCAGCAGUAGCUCGGUGCUUGAGCGCUUCCAGAACAAGCGGACAGGCGGCGACGUCGAGGCGGGUGAUUUUGACGAGUCGGAACUGGAUGAUUUGCACUCGCCGGGUCUAGACCGAGAGCAUUACUCGGUUGGCGAGGACAGUGACGAGGAGGAGGCUCGAGAGGGACAUGGCCAGUCUGGACGAGUUGAUCAUUUAUGAUCUUGUCACUUUGUUUAGUUUUCUUCGGGCGGUGUCAGUCAGAAUUAUGCGGACAUAUUUUGGAGUUUACGUGUUGGGAAUUAGAAACGAGGUUUGUUAUGCUUUUUAGUUGACCUGUAUAGGUGGCAGUGGUGUUUAGUGCUAGGAGGAUCUAUCGAUCAGCAUU